CCCCGCCCGCCCCCUUUCGCAGCGCAGAGAGCCGGCCGCGCGCGCACUGCUCCGCCGCGCCAGCAUGUCAGCGCUGAGCUCCGCCCGCCGCCUGCUCCUGCUGCGCCCGCCGCAGCUCGCCUGCCCGCGGGCCGCCCGGAGCCGGGGCUGCAGCAGCGCCAGCCCGCGGAACCCGCUGGUCUACCUGGACGUGGGAGCCGACAACCAGCCCCUGGGGCGCGUCGUGCUGGAGCUGAAAGCUGAUGUGGUUCCAAAGACAGCUGAAAAUUUCAGAGCUCUUUGUACCGGUGAAAAGGGUUUUGGGUAUAAAGGCUCCACCUUUCACAGAGUGAUUCCUUUAUUUAUGUGCCAGGCUGGGGACUUUACCAACCACAAUGGCACAGGAGGAAAAUCUAUUUACGGCAGUCGAUUUCCAGAUGAAAAUUUCAUACUUAAGCAUGUUGGACCCGGUAUACUCUCAAUGGCCAAUGCAGGACCCAAUACAAAUGGGUCUCAAUUCUUCAUUUGCACGGCCAAAACUGACUGGCUAGAUGGAAAACAUGUUGUGUUUGGCCAUGUAAAGGAAGGAAUGGAAGUUGUGAAAAAAAUCGAAAGCUUUGGUUCCAAGAAUGGAAAGACAUCAAAAAAGAUUGUCAUUACUGACUGUGGUCAGCUGUCGUAACCCACUGCCUGUAACUCAGGAGAACUUAGAUGCUGUGAAAAAGAAAAAUGAGGAAGAAGCAAAUCUGAUUUCACUUUUAGGGUUGUUAAUUGCUGAUGUGAAAAUAUAUUUAUUUCCGUUAAAGAUAAUUCAUUGAUACUAUGAUCAGGGACAAUAGAAAUGUGAGGAACUCUAGUUAAAAAUCCAUUCAUCUUAUUGUGGGUAGGGUCUAGAGAAUUCACAUUUUUCUGUCAACUUGGCCCUACUUUUACAUUGUUGUAUAGUAUUAUUUACUAAGAACAAUGAGGACUUUCUUAAACUAUGUAUUAAUGUGUUAAACUAAACUACCAAAAUAGAGGCUGUCAGGCCAAGUUUGGUAGAGAACCCCAUAGUAUCCUGCACGCUGAAGUGCAGUCAUUCAACACUGUAUUUGGCAGCAAUAUGAAUAUUAAUUUUGUCAUGUGUUACGAGGAACAUUGUGAGCCUUAUCAGAAUAUUUGAAAGAUUAUCUUGUUGUCGACUUGGCUAGUCAGUGUUUUCACCCUUCUUUAUUUCAAAUUAAUGUAAAGUUUGUGUUUGACAAAUACAUUCAGGUACAGGGGAUAAAUUCACUAGCUGGAUAUUUCAGGCAGUAGGCAACAGUGAAGUAAUUAAGGAUGUUGCAUUUAAACUUUUGUAAUUGGGGUUAAAAUGCUUCAUUAAGAUGAAAUAAAGAAUGCUGCAUUUCCUUUGUUGCUAUGUUUCAUUCCUGUCUGGUUGCAGACCUGAAGUCGUGUUGAUAAAGCAAAUUACUUAAUGCUCUCAAGGCUAUCUCUGCAACCAGAAGGGCUAGAAUCUUCUUUCUGCAAAAGAUGACAAAACUUACAAUGCAACUUAAAUCCAUGAAUUUCUAUUGUCUUGGACCAUUGCUAAUUCUUCAACAGAGGGGGGGAUGGAACUUAAGACCUAAAGUAUCUUGUAUCUAAGUUAAUUGAUCAAAUUAACUUUUUGCUUUACAUUACAUUAAACUGAGUUGGUGGGCAUGCUACCACAGCUCCAGUCGUUUACUUGAUAGAAUCAAGAGAUAACCAGAGCUGAUCAAGUGACUUUUUUUGUACUGUAACUGCAAACUAACCUGCAAACUAACCUGCAGUGCAGCUCUACUCUGAAACCUGACUAGGUAAAAAUAGGAGCAGAUUUGUUCCCAGUGUGUAUUCAGAAUGCUAUCCCAAAUGACAAAUAAGUUUUACUGCUUUUUGUUUCUGUUAGCCUGUCAGAGCCAACUCUUCUUGGGGAUUAGCUGGAUUCUGUUUCUUCUGGUGCAUCAGCAACAGAAUUGCUAAUUUAAAAUUGGUUACUCCAGUGUAACUGAGGCCUGGUUUAAUCUGCAGAACCAUUAUUAGUGGACUUGAUAUGUGAGAAGGAAAGAAUCCAGAUGGACUGAUGGGAGUUCAGCAAGAGUUUUCAGGGCUGGCAGUUAGAAAAUACAUCUUUUCACUUGUAAACUGUGUACAUCUGAUAGGGAAGCAUUGAGAAAUAAUGAUGAUAAACCCUUAUAAUGACAUUUCUGGAGUCACUUAAACUACUAAAUAUAUAGGUAUUAGUGGUGGAAGAAGCGCCUUGGUGGCUGGUACAAUAAUUAUUCAGGAAAUAAAAAUAAAAUGUGAAGG